CGCUUAUUUUUAUUCUAUUGUGUUUCCUCGAACAGGCCGCCGCGACUAGCCGUGACUUGUAGAACGUGCACUCUAGGAAGACGGGCAGCAAGUGACGCGAUGGCCAAAGACGUCGGUGCUUACCUAAAGAAGCAGCAAGAGCAGGGGCCACCUGAGCUGUCGCAGCAAUGGGCCGAGUUCGAAGAGCUGUACAACAAGCGGCUGUGGCACCAGCUGACCCUCAAACUGCUCACCUUUGUCUGCAGCCCCAAGAUACAGAUUGGUCUCUUUCAGAUGUACGAGAACUUCAUUUCGGAAUUCGAAAACAAGAUGAAGCCCCUCUCUCUGGUCAAGAUUGCUGCCCAGGUUUCCCAGAGCAUCCCAGAUAUGGAGCAGCGGCUUGCUUUCAUCACCAAAACUAAGGAGAAGGUGAAGGCAGAUCCCGAAGCAGUGGUCCUCUGCAAUGUGCUCUAUGGCCAGAACAAGCUGGCUGCCAACGACAUGGCCAGUGUCAAGAAAGUACUGGAGGAGACGGAGUCCCAGGCGGAGGCUCUGCCAGGGGUGACAGAAGUGCACGGCCGCUUCUACCAGCUGUGCAGCGACUACCACCAGCAGAUGGGUGACCACCAGGCCUACUACAGGGACGCCCUGCGCUUCCUCGGCUGCACCCCGCUUGAGCGCAUUCCUCUGGAGGAGCAGCAGCAGCGUGCCUUUGCCCUGUGCCUGGCUGCCCUGCUUGGGGAAGGCGUCUACAACUUUGGCGAGCUGCUGGCACACCCCAUUCUGGAGUGCCUGCAAUGCACUGACCGCCAGUGGGUGGUGCAGCUGCUGUCGGCAUUCAACUGUGGAUCCCUGGCACAGUACGAGACCCUCAGGCCCUCCUGGUCCCGUCAGCCAGACCUGGCAACUUGUGAGCUGUCCCUGCGCCAGAAGAUGUGCCUGCUGUGCCUGAUGGAGAUGGCCUUUCAGCGACCGGGCAGCCGCCUCUCCUUCCAGGAGAUAGCCACCCAGACUUGCCUGCCGCUUGACGAGGUGGAGGUGUUGGUGAUGAAGGCUCUGUCCCUGGGCCUGGUGCGGGGCACCAUAGAUCAAGUGGACGCACAGGUCCACAUGCAGUGGGUGCAGCCGCGGGUGCUGUCACGUGAUCAGAUUGCCGGCAUGAAGAAGCGGCUUGACGCGUGGAAUGCAGAUGUGGCCUCUAUGGAAAAGCUCCUGGAGACCAAGGCACACGAGAUCAUCUCGAUUUAGGACACAUGAAUAAAAAAGAAAAUGGCUGGCUGGAUUGCCCAUUUGUAUAGCAGUUGUCUUCUUGCAGAAAUAACCCGAGUAGUUAAACUUGCGAUACGAUAAACACUUCUUGCCAUACUGCCAAUGAUGAACAGUUCUGUAAAAGGCAUAGGGCCCCACAUAAAAAGGCCUGGUGUCACUUCUUUAUCAUAGUCGGGAAAACGCUUGCAGUCGAAGCGAAACUGCGAUUCGGCCUAGUUUUUCAAAAAACGCCAGGCCUGCACGGAAGGCGGAGCACAGUCGCAGUGAAAGCUAGAAGAGCGGCUUUUCAGAGCCUUUUCUAAACACUCUUUGGGUAACUGCUUCAAGCACACUUGCUGGGUACCCACUAUGCCAUAAAUAAUCAUAAAUGUUGUGUAGUAGCCCAGUGUUCACUACUAUGUUAUCCUUUGACAUUCUUAGAAGCAUGGUAUCCGCUAGCCACUUGCUAGAAAUAUUGUGCAAAUUUUUUUUGCAGUGGCUGAUGACAAUGAAGAAUUAUGCCUAAAGUGGGUAUGUGCCACAGAUAUUAGGUGAUCAAGAACAUAAUAGUUUAUAAGACCACUCAAUUAUUGGCCAAUUACCCCCACUGUGGGUAUGAGCCACUGUGGGGAAUCGAACAAGAACAAGCUUUUGUAAUGGGUUGCAUAAUUAGACGACCCACUCGUUACGCAAUUUGCAUUGUGUGACGCCUGGUUGUACCUGUACUGUUCUGAAAUGCUUUAUUGAUCAUAUUAGCGUGAUUCCUUUCCUGACAAGUCUGCUUAUGGCAAAUUUGCAAACCAGUUGCUGGUACCGGUGUGGCUCAGUGAUAGAAUACUGGCCUGGCACGCAGCGGGCCUGGCUUCGAACCCCAUUGUGUCCAUGGUGCUUUUUAUUGGCUGUGUUCUGUUUUCUUGCGAUACUGGUUACGGACAUCGGCAGCGGCGGACAACUACGGCGCCGCACAUUACUUGUGUUCUGAUCUCAUAACAGUUUUCACUGUAAAAAAUAAAGUGAGUUGUUAGAUUGC